GUGCCUAAGGGGUGUUUGCCAGCGAUGUAUCCCACCAGCCGCUGCCAUUUUCCCGUUUUAGACACGCGUGUGUGUCUGAAAUCCCAGGAUUUCACUGCCUUGCGCCUGCAACGCAGGCAGAGGAGCCGUGGUAGGGAUGGAAGGGCUGCGGGGGAAAGGGACCGGUGGCUAUUUCUGCACGUUCUCGCCCUUGGGCGAGGUAUACCCCGCCGAGUCAGAGCAGCUCCAUCGGCCACGGGUGCUGCAACCCACGCCCACGAUUUUGGGGCGAUUCGGGAGGUUUUUUUGUCACUCUGGAGCUCGCCGCCCGCGGGGCGGAACUCUGUGUCCGGGGCAGCACGGAAGGUUUCCAGCGGCGGACGCGGCGGGGCCGGAAGGCGGCUGCGGCUCCGCCGGGGUGGCGGCAUGGCGGGCUGGGGGCGGCUGGCCCGGCUCGGCGGGCGCCUCUGGGCGGCGGCGGCGCCGGCUCCCGUUCCCGGACACAGGGGUCAGCUGGGCUUUGUAGUCAGACACAUCAACAGUUCAACAUGGUGGCACGAGCAUCUUUCUGAGGAGAAUGUGGAGUUCCUCAAGAAGAUAACUGCAGAGGAGUACAAAGCUCAGACAGCCAGCAAGCUGUGCCCUCUGAAAGAUGAGCCAUGGCCACUGAAUAAGUGGACACCAGAUUCCAUCAGAGUUGGUGUUGUUGCAGUAAAACUGGGAAUGAUGCCAAUAUGGACCAAAUCAGGAGAAAAACACGCUGUCACAUUACUUAAGGUCCAAGAUUGCCAUGUCUUAAGAUAUGUUUCAAAGGAAGAGUCGGGUGGAAAAACAGCUAAGCUGCUUGUUGGAGGCAAAAAUGUAUCUCCUUUUUCUAAACCAGAGUCUGCACAUGAAAUUUUUAGAGAAGCUGGAGUGCCACGGAAGCAGAAAGUUACAACAUUUAAUGUAACAGAUGAUGCCAUAAUUAAGCCAGGUACUCCUUUGUAUGCCGCUCACUUCCGCCCCGGGCAGUUUGUGGAUGUCACUGCAAAAACAAUUGGUAAAGGAUUUCAAGGUGUCAUGAAAAGGUGGGGAUUUAAAGGUCAGCCUGCAAGCCAUGGCCAGACAAAAACUCACAGAAGACCUGGAGCAAUAUCUACCAAUCAAGCUGCCAAAGUUUAUCGUGGAAAGAAAAUGCCUGGUAAAAUGGGUAACAUCUACAGGACAUCUUUUGGAUUAAAGGUGUGGAGGAUCAAUACAAAACAUGACAUUAUUUAUGUAAAUGGGUCUGUUCCAGGUCACACCAAUUGCCUGGUGAAGGUCAGAGAUAGCAAAUUGCCUACUUACAAGGACUGCAAUAAAAACCCUCCAUUCCCUACAUUUUUUGCUGAUGGAGAUGAAGAGCUGCCAGAAGACCUUUUUGAUGAGGAGAUUUUCCAGUUCACAGAUCCAUCUGUCACAUUCGCAUAAUGUUCCUCGCAUCUCUGAAAACACAGUUUUGUUAUUUUCAUGUACAUUGCAAGGCUGUAUAAAAGUAAGCCUAUGAACUGCAGUCUGGCCAACUGACUUAAACACUUCAGGUAUUGCCAUUUUGGUCAGGUAAUCAGAUUUCCCACUGUCAGUCUCAAACCUGUACUUAAAGCAACAGGUUGGUCUGAGGGACAGAUUGUAAAGCACACCAAACUGUGUCUUCAGUGACCUUUUGUGCUCUGUCCCAGGCUGUGAAAACCUACACAAUCCUGAAAAACUGUUGUUUUGAAGAUGGUUCCAGUUCAUUUUCUGAAUGUGAACAAAUUCUGUGUCUCUUUUAUGUAAAGUAUACUGGGCAACUCUGAUCAAAUCAGAAAAAGGUUCCAAAUCUGCCUUGGCAUCUGAGGUGGGGAGGAUCCAUGAAGAAUUAUCCAAAAUAAAACAAGAAAAUGAGUGAG